CAAAGAUAUAACCUCAUUUUAUUUUAUUCAAAAGUUAUGGAUAAUACUGAUAAAAUUGUAAUUGACAAUGAUGCAGGAGGUGAUGACGCCAUGGCUAUAUUUAUUGCAUUGUUAAAUGAAAAACAUUUCAAUGGACCAAAAUUAAUUGCUUUGACGACAGUCAAUGGAAAUACAGAUGAAAAUAAUGUUUGUCAGAACAAUCAACGCAUACUCAAGGUUGCAAAGAGACAGGAAGUACCAAUAUAUAGAGGGUCCAAAAGUGCGAUAGUUAUACCAUCACCAGCUGGAAACCAUUACCGUUUAGAUGGUUUGGGUGACAGUGGGGAGAUGGUUACAGGUUUGGUUCCGGCCAAGAGUGAAAAUGCUGUGGCAAUUCUUAUUGAUCUCUCAAAAAAGUAUGAAGGAAAUCUCACUAUAAUUACUAUAGGCCCAGUAACAAAUAUCGGUUUAGCUGUUGCCUUAGACCCCGGAUUCUUGGGUCGUCUAAAGCAUUUGUAUAUUGGAGCUGGACACAUACACAGUGAAAAGCAUCCAGAAAAGGAAUUUAACGCCAGGACUGAUCCAGAAGCAUAUUACAUUAUUGCAAGAAACGCAACCCCAGAAAAGGUUACUAUAGUACCGUUCUCCCAAAUAAAGGAUUCAUUGGAUUUUCCUAAGCAAUGGAGAAUGCAAGUUCUCGGAGCAAUAGAUACAGAAAUUGUAAAAGAACAAAAUAAAUUUGAACAAGUUGCCCUUAAAAGGAGUGAUAGAUGGCAAAAAUUGGAUCCCGCUACUGUGGCUGUAGCUAUCAGGCCAGAUUUGGUUCAAGAAUAUAGAUAUGCUAAGCAUAGCAUCCAUUUACAUGGUGACAAUAGAGGCAUAAUUAGAAGUGAUUACGUGGAAAAGGAUCAAGCCAAUGUUCGGAUUCUUCAUUCAGUAAAGUAUCAAGAUUAUCAGGAGUUUUUACUGGAGAUAUUUUCAAAAGAAUAAUAUAUGCUAAAGUAA